AUGGCGAGGCACGGAUCCAAACUAAAGCCUAAGGGUUCAACAGAUGAAGAAAAUCCAAAGUUGGCGAACGACUCGCGCGGGCAGAACCCGAUACCAGGAUUACCCAUGAAUACAGCUGCAGAACUCCCAGAUCAUCGCUCUGUGCCCCGGCCCCCGAUCAUGCAGCCUCCUAGGGGGCCAUCCCGGUUGAUCCCUGCGUGCUUGAAGGACUUCUUUGCAGCGGCAUCGGGACGACCAAGCGACGCCCGUUCACGGCACAACGCGCAAUUCUGCAGUUAG